AUGGAGCAUAUCUACCGGUGGAUCGUACGCAAUGACAAGUUCACGGAGGAAGUGUUUUUGAAGUGCAAUUUUUGUAAGCUAAGCACUCUUGGCAUCUACAAGGAUUCUUCAAAGGCUCCACUCGGCAGUCGCGUUGCAUUCUAUGCGAUGGAGCUUUUCUUUCUGCUCCAGAUCGGCACCAUCGUGUGGGACUUGGCAACCGUGCUGAACGACAUUGGACUAUUCGGGGAUAAUAUGUGCAUUCUGGCCGGAUUGCUUCUAACGAUGGUGAAAAAGUGGCACUGCGUACGAAACAUGCAAGAGCUGAGUGAGUGUAUCGAGCAGUUCCAGGCGUACCACGAGCACUAUCUGAAGCAGGGCGAAAGGUUUGUGCGGCGCAUGAGAAGACAGGAUUUGCAGGAGCGACUUCUGCAGGAUGCGUCCACACUGUUGGCAAUGGUGCUCGCUACCUGUUUGCUGGUAAAUGCACUGUUUUCCAACGGUCAAACGCUAAUCCUGCGUGCUACGUAUCCCUUCAGUACGUCCACCCCACUGGGCUACGGGUGUGUGUUUCUCUGCCAGGCGAUUCUCGUUGUGUACGUGCUGUUCACCAUUGUGCAGAUUGAUUGUACCGGGGCCCAAAUUUUGAGCCAAAUGUCCCUACUGUUCUGCAUGCAGCGGAUGGAGUUUGAGAUGAUCGGGGCUGAUCUUGCGCUGCCCACCGAGGGUUCACUGUACGGAGAUUGGCAACUUCGGCAGUCGGUACACAAGCUGAUAGCUUCCCAUCAGCAGCUACUUGCCUUUUGUGAUCGCUUGAAACGCCUGUACGAACCGAACAUUAUGGCCCAGUUUGUCUGCAGCAUGCUCAUCAUCUGUCUGACCGCAUUCGAGCUAAUGUUCGCCAAGGGAGAUCCGAUGCAGAUGAUGCGCUUCGGUGCGUAUAUGCUGACCGCAUUUUAUCAGAUAUUUGUGUGGAGUUUUUUCGGAAACAGAGUCACCAAUAUGUCAACCGGCAUCAGUGAUGCAACGAUCGGAUGCAACUGGAUCGUGCUGGAUGAUGGGUUGAAGAAGGACCUACGAUUCACCACAAUGCGCUCCCAGAAGCCUUUCAUAAUAGACGUCUACUGGUUGUUUCCGUUGACGUACGAAACGUUUAUAGCGAUUCUAAGCCGUUCCUAUUCGAUAUUUACGCUGCUUCGCACAAUGAUUGAGUGA